AUGUUUUUUGUUGUAAUAUGGAAUUUCAAAUUAUUCACAGGUUCUCAAUCGACAGGACAGUCGUAUCUCAAAGGAUCUAUGCCUGGUAUGAAUCAGUUAAUAUAAUAAUCAUCACUAUUAUUACCUCCGCCAGGAAGUUAUGUUUUUAUCUGCGUUUGUACAUAGUCUGUCAAGAUAUGAUGGUCUGGAAGCCCGGCAAAUUUCAAAGCCACAAAAUAGAAGACCUUUGUUUGAUGUUGAACUGUACCUCACCAUGCACAAAUACUUUGUCUCAACUUCAUUAAAUAUUAUUCUUCGUGGUUACGCGUUUCAUCUCAGCUAUCUUUAUUGGAUGAUUACUUCAAUAUACGAAAAUACAAUGAACUCAAUCACCGUGACCGUGCGCAAAUUACCUUAUUAUAGGAAAUUAACGAUGCACUUUAUUAAAGCGGAUUUUAUUUUUCAUCGUUAAUUUUAAGUAUGUCAUUUUUAUUUAUCGUCAGUUAAAAAGACCUUGAUUUGUUUUAUAUAACACUAACUCUUCUAAUAUCAAAAUACUCCUCUCAACUCAGUUCACUAUCCGAUUCGCGUUAAAUUUAAUUAAUUUGUCAACCAUGGAGAUCAGAUUCGCGUUAGUAUAAUCAUGUUUUAAAAGACCUGGAAACAAUCCGCGUUAAUUUGAUGUCGUGUUAAUUUAUAUCGCGUUAAUAAAGUGUAUCGUUAAUUUCCUAUAAUAAGGUAAUAUAAACUCAGAUCAAAACAUAAUACAAUGACUUCUGUUCAGUUUCCAGACCAUAUCUUGAUAGACUAUGGUUUGUAUUUAUAUUUCACUGUAAUUUCUUAUUUGGCCCCCCUUUAACUGGGGCCCCAGGGCAAAUUGCCCCCUCUACCCCUCUGGGCGGCCUUGACAGCACCUGCAGUUACGACUAUCUAUGACAGCAUAGUCUCAUAAUCACAUGCUUGCAGAAAAGAAUUAUUUUCGUCUUGGCAAAUGAGAGGCGGCUUAGGCGUGACAAACCUCUAGAGGACUUCCAGGCCAGAGAAUCAGAGUAAUGUACUGUAUAAAAAGUAAACUGGAAAUGUGUAAUCAAGUGCGAGGUUUUCACCGUGGGGUUCAGAAAUUCAUUGCCAAGAAUCUCCGACUUAAUUUCCAAAUUGUGCUGAUAUUAAUUUGUGUCUUCAUUCAUACUUAAUUCCAACUAAACUUAACUCAAACAUCCAUCAGACAUCACAAUACAUUUGUUCCACUCAAAGUCAUCAAACAUUUUGUCAGACGGUUCUCUGACGGAUAUUUUAAGGCCUGCAUGGUCACUACGAGCACUUUUUAACUGUAUUGAAUUGAAUUCUUGUAAUUGUGCAAAUGUGAUUUGGCUCUUUCACAUUCUACACGAAUCUCUGUAGAACUGAAAAUAAUGAUUCUUCUGUGCCAGUGUAAAUAAAGUUCGUUUAGUUUAGGUUUCCUCCUGUACUAAUAUUGGUCACUGGAUCAAUAAGAGAUGGUCCUUGCUGGACCUCUAGGGAGAACAGUUUAGAACUGAUAGAGCUAUCCAGUAUAAAUAAAGUUAGUUUAGGUUUCCUCCUGUAGUAACACUGGAUCAAUUGGACCUCUAGGAAGAACAGUUUAGAACUGAUAGAGCUGUUCAGUAUAAAUAAAGUUAGUUUAGUUCAGGUUUCCUCUUGUAGUAACAUUGCAUGGAACAAUAAGAGAAGAUCCUUACUGGACCUCUAGGGAGAACAGUUUAGAACUGAUAGAGCUAUCCAGUAUAAAUAAAGUUAGUUUAGUUCAGGUUACCUCCUGUAGUAACACUGGAUCAAUAAGAGAUGAUCCUUACUAGACCUCUAGGAAGAAGAGUUUAGAACUGAUAGAGCUAUCCAGUAUAAAGAAAGUUAGUUUAGCUUAGGUUUCCUCCUGUGGUAACACUGGAUCGAUAAGAUAUUACCUUUACUGGACCUCUGGGUAGAACAGUUUUAUUUAGAACAAUUCAAAUAAAGCUAUCCAGGGUAAAUAAAUAUAGCUUAGUUUAGGUUUCCUUCCGUCUAGUAACACUGAAGCAAUAAGGGAUCUUACCAGACCUUUAGAGAGAACAGUUUAGGACUGGUAAAGGUAUCCUAAAUAAAUAAAUUUAGCCUAGUUUACUGUAGUUUAUCUAUAAUGGUCUUAAUUACGACUUUUGUUUAAUAUGUCUGUUAGUGAAGAUGGUGGGCUUUAUACACGGGUGUGCUUUUAUUCGGAAAUAAGCAACUGAAAUGUCGGCAAAUGCGAUAAUACACCCCCUUGCUUUAGCCUGCAUGUACUGGGCUUAUACCCGGGUGGGCUUGUAUUCGGGUGGGUUUAUAUUUGGGUGACCUUAUAUUCGAAAGUUUACAGUAUCAUUGUUUUCUUUUUUCAAACAGAAAUAACGGAUUUCGAUGAUGAAAUUUGUGAACGGCACGUACCGUGGCUGGCGCAACAUCUCAGCAAGGAUGUCGAAAAAGUUGCGAUGCUGUUAGAAGGUGACUCGGUUGAAAUCGAAGUUAUUAAACAAGGCGAACCCCAGCCAGAAAGACGAAACAUUAAAAUCCUUAACUCGUGGAGAAAUGCAGAAAUAAAGCUUGGAAAGAAACCAACAUGGGAGAAAAUUCGUUUAUGCUUGGAAGAUGAAACCGUUGGACGGUGUGAUGUCAUUCGUGCUCUUUUGAAAGAAGACGAGUUGGGUGGCCGUGUUUUGGUGUGGCUUGCACCCCGCAUUGCAGCGUGGUUUCGAAACUACGCUCGCGUUCUUGGCGUGCCAGAAUGUGAAAUAGCUAUGUCAAGUCAGAAUUUUGAAAGUGUUGAGAGGAGCUGUAUGGAUGUUUUGCAAAGAUGGCGACGAAGGACAAGGUAUCCCAAAGUUGAAGACUUGAUACAAGCUUUAGAACAUGAUAUUAUAAACAGACCUGAUCUAGCCGAAGAAAUGAGAGAGAAGUUUUGUAAUCACGAAGUCAAAGUAAGUGAUAAAGAUGAGAAUGUCCUGUUGUGUAUUGAUUUGAAUGAAAUACUCUGUGUAAGUGUCAAGACUGCCAUAAACUAGCUUUGUUUAGACUAAAUGGGUAAAUCUAGUUCUAGCUGUUCUAUAGUUAUACACAUAUGUAGAGGCCCAGUAAGAAUCGUCCCUUAUUGAUCCAGUAUUACUAUAGGAGAAAGCCAGGAUAUCUGGGGAAACCGGCGGUAUUUGGUCGAGUCCGUUCUGCAUAUAGCCUAACUACUCACAAUGAAGAUAUCUUUUUUAUUUAAGGAUGAGGUCCUGAGCCAGUUGGACAACCUGUCAAUAUGAGCAAGCCAAAGUUGAAGAUUAGAUACAAGGCUUACAAGCUUUAGAACAUGAUGUUACAAUAAAACCCGCAUAGCUUUAAAGUGCACAUUGGGUUGGUUUAGUGCAUAUACUGUCAUUUUUUAGAUCAUUUAUGAACAAUUUAUAUAAAUCAUAUACAAUAAGUUAGAGUUAUAAACCGAGAAGGAGGUUUAUAACUGAUAUGUUAGAGACCUUACGAUUUUAGAACGGCAACUGCGACGGCGACGGCCAAAACAAACUCCUUCAAAUAAAUGGUAGUCGAUAGUUCAUCGUAUAUUAUCAAUCGUAUGCAUUUAAUACAGUCUUAGAAGUUGAAGACAUGGGUUUUAUGGUUGGGAAGAGUUCUGCUAAACCCCGUUUGAAGUUGCACUUGUUGUGGCUUGGAAUGCAGCCGUUGUAUCAACACGUGAAAAUCUGUGAUUUGGCGUUGUAAACAGAGCGAGGACAAUGUCUAAAUUAUUCAUUUAUUGUAAUUACUCAAUUCUUCUCAAUGAUCUAUUGUAUAGGGUAGCCGUUGCCGUCCUAAAAUCGUAAGGUCUCUAUUGCCCCCGAGGACGCGCAGCGUCCAAGGGCAAUAUAUCAGUUAUAAACCGACUUUCGAGGUUUAUAACUAACUUAUAUCACAUUUGUGGAGGUUUUCUAACAUAUUUUGUCAUUUUCAAAAAAUUUUGAUGAAAAAUUCUCGCGUUUUGUCGAAAAGUUUGAUGUAAUUAUUUAUUCAAGGUAUAUUAGCUAGUUAUAAACCUCGGACGAUCAGAGAAAACAGACACAAAUGUGAUAUAAAUAGUUAUAUAUACCUCCUUAAAAUGAGUCGCUUUUCUCUUAAGAAAAUGCGAACCUAUGCGAACCUAGAUAGAG